UCUUGGCGCCACUUUUCAAAGCCCACAGUUUUUGCGUUCCCCUGGGAACCCUUCCUCUGCUUGUACCUCUUCCAAACUCUGUCUCUCUCUUUCCCAAAUCCACCGAAAGUCCCCUUCUCUCUGAGCUAAAACUCUUUUCAGUUUCCCAUGGCUCGUCCGAGGAAGCGGCAGAGACCCGUGAGAGCCCCUGGAAUUGGCGACGAUUUGCAAACCACCACCCACGAGGAGAAUGCCCCAGGAAGAGAGGAAGGCAUCGUUGAGAAAACGGAGGAAGACGAAGUGAAUAAUAAGAAGAAGAAGAGUGAAAAGGGUAAAAAGAUGGGCACACACAAGGUUGAUGGGCAGGGAAAAGAGGAGGAAAACUCGGAGAAAGUGGAACGAAGUUCAAGCUUUGUUGCUAAUCAAGUUGUUGAAACGGGAAAUGAUCAAGUUGUCUUUGAAUUUACAGAGUCAUUGAACAAGAGAUUAAGAUCUGCCGUUGGGGGUAGAAGGGUAAAUUACUGUAGUCAGGAUCAAGGGUUUGAAGAAGAGGGAGAUGAAGUGUUCUCUAGGAGGAAAAGGAAAAAGGGUAAAAGGCAAAAGAGGAAGCUUUCAAAACCUAAAGCUGAAGAAGAAGAAGAAGAAAAAGAAAAAGAAGAUGAUAAUGACAUGGAAGUGAUUGAUAAAGAAAAGGAUGGGGAGAGUGACAGAAAGGGAUGGAAAAGAAGAAACGAACCCAAGAAUGAAGAGAAGGAAGCAAUGGUGGAAACUAGAAGAUAUCCAGCUAGGGCAUCAAAAGCACCAAAGAGAAUGGGUGGAUUUGUGUCUGAUAAUACUGCAAAGAAGAAAAUUCUUUCUAAAGACUCUAUAAUGUGCCAUCAAUGCCAGAGGAAUGAUAAAGGAAGAGUUGUAAAUUGCAAAAGUUGUAAGCGGAAACGAUAUUGCAUCCCUUGUAUAACCAAUUGGUAUCCGAAAAUGUCGGAGGAGGAAAUUGCUGAUGUCUGCCCAGUUUGUCGUGAUAAUUGUAAUUGCAAGGCAUGCUUGCGCAUGGAUGGACCUGUCAAUAAAUUGAAGGAAGCCUUAGAAAUGAAGUUCAGUGGUGAUGAAAAGCUUCGGCAUUCUAAAUACUUGCUUCGGGCACUUCUUCCCCAUGUUAAAAAAUUUAGUGAACAACAAAUGAUGGAGAAGGUGAUGGAGGCCCGGAUACAAGGGUCAUCACCAUCAGAAAUAAAGCUGAAGCAGGCAGUUUGUCAUCCCGCAGAGCGUGUUUAUUGUAACAACUGUAAAACUUCAAUCGUCGACUUCCAUAGAACUUGUCCUCUCUGUAACUAUGAUCUUUGCCUAAUUUGCUGCCAAGAAAUCCGUGAAGGCCACUUGCAAGGGGGGGAGAAGGAAGUUACUGUGCAAUAUGUUAACAGGGGUUUUGAAUACUUGCAUGGUGAGCUUGACUCCUCUAUGCUUACAGAAAUGGUGGAACCUCUGGAUUCACCUGCCAAAACUAACUGUAAAGAACUUGAAGGGGUGGAAUCUAGGUGGAAAGCAAAUGGAAAUGGCAGCAUUCCUUGCCCUCACAAGGAAAUGGGUGGUUGUGCUGAGGGCCUUCUGGAGUUGAGGUGCAUGUUUAAAGAAAAUGCUGUUCUUAAGUUGGUGGAAAAUGCAGAAAGAAUAGCCAGAGAUCUCAAUGUGGAAGACAUGCCUGAAACUACUAACCAUCAGUGCCCCUGUUACAGCUCAAUGGCUGAAGUUGAUUUGGGUGACUGUAAAUUACGGAAAGCUGCUUCUAGAAAAGAUUCCAAUGACAACUAUCUGUAUUGUCCAUCAGCAAAAGAUAUUCACAAUGGAGACUUGAAUCAUUUCCAAAGACAUUGGGCUAAAGGUGAACCUGUUAUCAUCAGUCAAGUGUUUGAGAAUGCAUCUGGGGUGAGCUGGGAACCAAUGGUUAUGUGGCGUGCUUUUCGUCAGAUAACUAACUCUAAACAUGGUCAACAUCUAGAUGUUACAGCCAUCGAUUGCUUAGAUUGGUGUGAGGCACAGAUCAAUAUUCACCAGUUCUUUAAAGGGUACACAGAUGGCCGUUUUGAUAGUAAAGAAUGGCCCCAGAUAUUGAAGUUGAAAGACUGGCCCCCAUUCAACAAAUUUGAGGAGCGACUUCCACGCCAUCAUGCUGAAUUUCAUUAUUGUUUGCCAUUUAAGGAAUAUACACAUUCUCAAAGCGGCCUUCUAAAUCUUGCUACCAAAUUGCCUGAGGGGUCCCUUAAGCCAGACAUGGGGCCAAAAACAUAUAUUGCUUAUGGAGUUGCUCAGGAGCUUGGGCGUGGAGACUCUGUAACAAAGCUUCAUUGUGAUAUGUCUGAUGCAGUCAAUGUUUUGACACAUACUGCUGAAGUGAAAUUAAAACCUGAAAAGCUUGCUAAAAUAGAGACGCUGAAACAAGAACACUGUUCACAAGACCAGAAAGAAAUAUUCGGGAUGGCAAAAGUGGAUCAAGAAAUAUAUAUGGGAAAUGGUGGAGUCCACAAAAUUUGCGGAAAUAAGUUUGAGGAAUUACAAGCUAAUAAGGCAGGUGCAGUUUGGGACAUUUUCCGGAGACAAGAUGUUCCCAAGCUGAAGGAUUAUCUUAAGAAGCAUUUUAAGGAGUUCAGGCAUAUUUAUUGUUGUCCGGUGCCACAGGUUGUCGACCCUAUACAUGAUCAGACAUUAUUUCUGACUUUGGAACAUAAGAAAAAGCUGAAGGAGGAAUAUGGAAUUGAGCCAUGGACAUUCAUACAGAAGCUUGGGGAAGCUGUUUUUAUUCCUGCAGGCUGUCCUCAUCAAGUCAGGAACAUUAAGUCAUGCAUAAAGGUUGCUCUUGACUUUGUUUCGCCUGAGAAUACUGGUGAAUGUGUUCGUUUGACUGAAGAAUUUCGAUUACUUCCACAAGGUCAUAGAGCUAAAGAGGACAAACUGGAGGUCAGGAAAAUGAUACUGCAUGCAAUGUGUGAGACUGUUAAUUAUUUGGAUCCUCAAGCAAAGAUUAUGCUCAAACUGCAGAAACAUGCUUGAUGACGGAUCAACAUCUUUGUGGAGCCAUUCCUGGAUGCAACUGGGUUAAGUAUAUGGCAUCGUACAGUUAUUAGGCCAUGAACUAGUUUCUUUUGUAUAAACUUUAGUUGUGUAAAAUAUAUGUAGAACUAGUUCAAUUUGCCUCUAAAGAAGUUUGAUCUGUAUUUUGUGGAAUUGGAGGCACAAUUAUUAUGGUAUAUACAGAUAUAUUAUAUGGGAA